AUGAGGUCUAUUCAACGGGGGUUGAUGAGACGAAUCGCUGCGGAGCCGAACCUUACAUUAUCCCCCUUUUUGUCAAGCUUUCUGAAGGUGAAAGACGGUGGUAAAGUGAGAGAGUUAGUGAAGCAGGUAACAAAACACACCAUCACUCCUUUCCUCCACUCCUUCGCCGUAGCCAAAUUAGCGCAGUCUAGCAGACGUUGGCUCUCUCCAGCCUUCGCUAACUUCUUUUGCAGCACCUGGCCUCUCUCCGCGCCCUUUGGUUCCGCUCUGGCUCGUCUUGGCUCUCCAACCCCUUUUCAACCUCCUUCGGCACAAUAUAUGGUGGGUCUCAGCAUUGCCAAGCGUCUUCAAUCUCCCGCUGCUUGUGCUUGCUUCUCCUUGCGGAAAAUGGACUCCUUGGUGCGGUCACGACCUUUGAGCACCACUCCAGUGGCAGUACAGUCAUCCUCGCCAGAGCGAGCGCGCAAUUUGUUAGAAAGCUUCAGAGUGUGGCUAGAAGAGCCAGCCAGCGCCAAAAGGGGACCAAGAGAGCCAAAGAGCGACUUACCAGCGCAGCAGGGCAAUCAUCAGGUUGGACUUGUCCACGACAGCCCGUUUGGCCUGGGCAAUGUUGGAAGCGACCGUCGCAUCGUUAUCUCCAACUAUGGCCUCCUCCCACUCCAACAACAAGCGCUCAAGCCUCACGUAGUCCUGGCGAAUACUCAGGCACUUACAUGGAAGCAAUUCUGGUCAAGUUGCAUGCAAUGGAGAUAUUUGUUGAAGUAG